AUGUCCGCAAACGAUGCAGGCUUCAAGGCUGCGCUUGAGGAGGCAAAAGCGAGUGCAAGUGAAGGCGGUGUGCCGAUUGGUGCUUGUCUCGUGGAUGCCAAUGGAAAAAUCCUAGGCCGAGGCCAUAACAUGCGAGUGCAAAAGGGUAGUGCGACAUUGCAUGGUGAAACGUCUGCCCUCGAGAAUGCAGGUCGCCUGCCAGCGUCUGCAUACAAAGGCUCGACAAUGUACACAACCUUGUCACCCUGCGACAUGUGCACAGGCGCGUGCAUCCUGUACAAGGUUUCCCGAGUCGUAAUGGGAGAGAACAAUACUUUUGUUGGAGGGGAGGAGUAUCUCAAGCAGCGCGGCAUCGAAGUUGUGAAUCUGCACAGCGCAGAGUGCGAACAGCUGAUGAAAAAUUUCAUCCAGAAGCACCCUGAGGACUGGUAUGAGGACAUCGGCGAGGAUAAAUGA